GCGGGCUGCUGCCCUAUGGCACCCCCGUCCCGCCGACGGCCACCCCGGACCCCGGCCGAGCCACUGGUCCUUAGGGAUGUCUUCAUCGCGGUCAAGACCACCAGGAAGUUUCAUCGUGCGCGCCUAGACCUGUUUUGCUGGAGACUUGGAUCUCGCGCCACAAGGAGAUGGGCUGCGCCGGUCAACUGGUGGCCCGUACGGGGAGCGCUGAGACCCUCUCUCCAACAGUACGGGGAACGCUGAGACCCUCUCUCCGACAGUACAGGGAACGAACCUCUCUCUCCGACGGAACAGAGACGUUAACAGGCCUCACGUCCGCCAAGUAAGGCGACCGGGCUCGGCCGCGGCUCCCAACAAAAAGAAACUCUUGAAAUUCCGGUUAACAUGGGUAACACCGCUACUCAGCCGCUUUGGGCGACUUACUGAGAGAAAAGGGAUUACAAAUGAAUCGAGAACAAAUUCAAAACUUCCUCGAUCAGGUCGAUAAGGUAGCACCUUGGUUUGGUCCCACGGGGUCCAUUACCAUCCCCAGCUGGGAUAAAUUAGGGAGAGAUCUUGACUUUGCAGCAGAAAAUGGCCUCCUGGAGCCAGGAGUCAGACCCCUUUGUGCAGUAGUGAGGAGCUGCCUCGCAGAUGCCUCUUGUCGUGACCAUAUAAGGGCUGGCGCAAUGGCGCUUGGUUACCAUCAGGCAGAAUCCUCCCGCGAGCAAUCUUGCGAGUCUAGUGCCGCAGGCGAGGUGACCCGCACCCAACCCAGAAACAGAGGACUCAUCAGAUAAUGAGGGGGAGGAAGAAGAAGUAUACAAAAUGGCGGAUGCAGACACCACCGAAAGAGGGGAAGUCACACACACGCAGUCGAGAGGGCCCUACUCUGAGGCCAUAAAUGAGCUGCAACGCAGCAUUUCUCAGAGUAAAUGGGUCAAUGAAAGCGAGUACGGGAUCCCAGGGCCGCCCCGUAUAAGACCUACGGCUCUACCUCCCGACCCGCCAGAUUAUCAUGCUUACCCGAGACCCUGCCAUCAGCUAUGUAGCUGUCCGCAAUGGGUCCAGACGUCCCCUGGGACAUUCCAGGAAGACCUAUGGCAUCAAGUCAAAAGAGAGGACCCAGGAGGCCUGGGCCGUUUUCUCCAGGCUUUUCCAGUUGCUGUAGAUGCUCAGGGAAACAGAGCCCACCUGCCUAUAGAUAUAAAGGCGAUAAAGCAUCUUAAGGAGGCCAGCACCAUGUACGGUAUUAACGGGGCGUAUACCCUGUCCCUAGUAGAAGCCCUGGCAGGAAACGCCAUGACACCUGCUGAUUGGGCCAGUUUGUGCAAGGCGGUGCUCAGCCCAGGCCAAUAUCUUGAUUGGAAAGCCUGGAAUGUUGAACUUGCCACAGAACAGGCCCAAGCUAAUGCCCGGAACAAUCAGGCCGCCUGGAACGCAGAUAUGUUAUUAGGACAAGGGCAGUAUCUCAAUAACCAGCUGAUAUUUCCACAAGAGGUGUAUGCACAGAUAAAUAGAAUAGCCAUACAAGCAUGGAAACGGGUCUCGGCUAGGGGAGAAGUCUCAGGCCACUUGACAAAAAUUUUGCAGGGCCCGAGCAAGCCUUUUUCAGAUUUUGUGGCCCGCAUGAUGGAGGCGGCAGGGAGAAUUUUUGGAGACGCAGAGACAGCCAUGCCGCUCAUUAAGCAGCUCACAGCUGCUCUGGGUCAGCACCAGGUGUAGUUGGUUAACUUGGCAGGCGUCGGGGCUUGCCAUUGUUGACGGCCCUACCACGGGACUGGCCUAUUAUUGUGCAAAGAUUGUUUCUUCUCUUUCCUUUUAUCACCCCUCAUCUAGUUUCUACAGCCUGCGUGAAUAAAGCAGCAGUUAACUGUCGCCCACAAGAGCGUCUCCUGUCUCAUUGGGGGGCUGCGCCGGUCAACUAGAGAGGCUGUGAGGUCCAACAGGCAUUUGCCUGCAGGGAUAGGGUGACUAGGCUUUUUGAUAGAGGUGCCCUCUGCACCCCAUUGAGUCAGGAGUGCCUUGGAAGGGCAAUCUGGGAAUCUGGGGCUUGAGCCCUAGGCCCCAGCGACUGUGCUGGAAGGUUCUCACCACUGGAAAGGUGGGGGUUGGGGCGCUGGUCAGCAAGGCCUUGAGGUCAGGGUGAAGAGCCUGGCUCCAGGCCUGCUGUUCCUCCCCCACCUCCCAGGAGCACGCCAGGCAGCAGGGGCUGCCACCACAGCAGCCACAGUGGUUGGGGGAGAACUUGGCAUCCUGUAUUUCUUUGAAUCAAGGCUCUAGGAACAAUGCUGCUUCCUGUGGGUGCCUCCCCCUCAGUCCUCAUCCAGUUCUGCUGCUCUCACUACCCUGAUUCUCCUCCUUCAGGAAGUUGGGGGGUAUAGAGUCCUAGGAGGCCCUAAGUAAGGUGUGACCAUGGCCUCGGUUUCCCCGAUUGUGUACUUGGGGUGGUGAUGGUGACGGUUCAGGAAAGGACAGUCUGUCCUCAGUACUUUGCUCAACAUAGAUGAGCACUAUUGAGCCCAUUUACAGAGGCAGAAACUGAGUCUGGGUGAAGGAGGGGUGGUGGCCUGAGCUUUAGCCCCUUCUCUUUUUCUUCUGGUGACUGUGUUGGAGAGAUGGAGGCUCCACGCCCGGGCCCUCCCAGCGCUUCUCCAGGAGGCCUCCCACUCCCGAGCUGAACAAAGUGGCGCACCAGAGGUCUACACAACUGGCCUUCUCCGCUUCCCACGGCAUUCCUGGGCUGGGGGCUGGGGCUUGUGUCUGUGCAGUCCAGGGUGUCUGCCCAGCCCUGGAAAGGGAGGUUGGAUUCAUGAAGAAGGCAUAAAUGACAUCAGUAUAUCCUUGAGCUUGGGGCCUGCAACCUGCACCCCAGGAGCUUCACCCAAGGAUGUGUCCAAGGUCCUGCUGGACCAAGAGCUGGGACUGUCCAGGUAUGCGAGGUUGCUGCCUUCUGGCCUGCAGGGAUCCCUGAUUGCUGGGGGUGUGAUGCACUGCAGGCCACAAGCCCUGGAGCCUCCCUUGGAGCUGUGUGUACACAAAAGGAAAUUAAGGCUUGGUGGGUAUGGGAGCCCCCCACUGUCUGCUCAGAGCACCCCUCCCCCCAGGCUCGCAGUCUUGCAGGGCAUGGACUGCACACACUGGCCGGCCGGCAGAUGAAGGCACAUACCUCCCCGUGUGCCGACGGGCCCAGGCCGGCACCGGCAGCUCUCACCCCAUCCCAACGGCCCCCUCCUCUUCUGCAGAGCAAUCCUGGCAGCGUGCAGGAUGGCUGGGUGCCAGCACAGAUGGAGCUUCGCUGUGGCCUUGGGCAGGGCACAGUCCUCUGCCAAUGAGCCAUUACCUUGCCUGAACAACAGGAGGGGGUCCGGGCCCUCAACUGGGGACUGGGGUGGGGUGAGGAGGCCCUUUCCUGCCACCACCACACUGACCAACACCAUCUCACAGAACCUUGGGGACAGCUUUGGCAGAGGGUAACCUGUCACACUAGUCACACACUGGGGAACCCGCUCAAUGGCGCAGCCUUGGGCUGCAGUGCUGGUGGCCACACCCCUGCCAAGGACCUCUUGCCCAGCCUGGCCCAGUUAACCAAGCCAGCUGUAUGGUAAUGACACAUGGCCACUCCUGCUUAACUCUCCUCCAAGUUAAGGCCUCCUGCACCCCUGCCACUAGGCCCAGGACAAAGCCAGCCGACAAUGCCUGGUGGUUCAUCCUCCCUCUGGGCCCUUUGUCUGCCAGGGCUUGCAGAGAGGCCUUUGUCCCCGACCCAAGUGACUCCCCUCCCCUCCUGUCCUUUACCCCAGGUGCUGGCGAGGAGGAGCCAUUUACCAGGUGGGACACCCACCUGGCUCGUGCCUCCCAGCUGCCUAGGGGACCUUGGGCCCAGCUGUCAAGGUUAGAGAGUGAGGCCCCAUCCAGCUGCCACUUACCCUGGGUACUUGCGCACUGUUUCUCGAAGACAUUCAUCUUCACUUCCAGACAUUCAUCUUCACCGAUGGGGAGGAUGAAGUGCUGGCCAGGCACACGGGCAAUGUGGUCAACACCAACUGCUCAGCUGCUCACAGCCGCCAGGCGCUGGCCUGCAAGAUGGCUGUGGAGUAUGACCACUUCAUUGAGUCCGGGAGGAAAUGGUUCUGCCAUGUGGAUGAUGACAACUACAUCAACCUGCAGAAACUGCCACGCACACUCAGAACCAAGGAGCCUCAGAACUGGUGUGGAGGAGGAAGUGGCACCAGGGCAGGAGACUCAGCAUGUUCUUCACCCUGCCCCGCAGACGCGUCUGCCUCUUCUCUGCCCGGUCUGUGGAGCCCUCCCAGACCCCUCACAGGCAGCUGCCCCUGCUUACUGUCCCCACCCUUCCCCCUACAGCGGAGGCCACUUCAUGAGCACUGCGGAGCGCAUCCGGCUGCCAGACGACUGCACUGUGGGCUACAUUGUGGAAGCUCUGCUGGGCGUGCCCCUCAUUCGCAGUGGCCUCUUCCACUCGCACCUGGAGAACCUGCAGCAGGUGCCUGCCUCUGAGCUCCAUGAGCAGCCGCCAUGGACAGCGCCCAGCCUUGCCUGCCUGCCUGCCUUGGAUCCAACUGAGUGUGGACUGAAACCUCCAAAAACUGUAAGAAAUAAACCUUUCCUUUCCCAACUUUGGGCUUCAGGUAUUUUGUCACAGCGACGAGCAUAAAGUGACUAAGACAGCUACCUAAGAG